AUGAAUAUACAGUUCCUAGAGGCAGAGCUCGGAAUCAUCACCCCACUGGGAGGAGGUGGAGAGCGCACCCAGCUGGUAUCUGCAUCAGCACAGGCCAGGAAUAAAGAACAGCUGGAGACAGGAGACAAAAAGCAGGCCUUGUUGGAGGAGGGAGAGGCCGAUGGAAGACGAGGCAAGCCAACAGGCGGGAAGCUCCACGAGCCAAAAGGUUUGAUGGUGCGCGUUGAGGUGGAGCAGGAGAUCCCCAUGUCGGUGGCACUGCCCAUUGAGCUGCGGCCUGAUGCUGCUCACCAAGCCUUUCCUUUCCUGGAGACCACGCUGGCGGAUCUGGGCAUCCAAGAGUCAGACGUGAAGGAGAGGGUCGUGUGGGUCGAUACCAAGAAGACGCAGGUGAAAAACAAAACAGGGAAGCUGAAGGAGAAAGAAACUACCAUCUUGGAGGUGCGAGUGAAAGCCAAGAAGCCCGGAGACAAACAGCUCCAGGAAGUUCUGUACAGCACAGAGGCUCACACUGACCGCUCCUUCUGCCGGACUGGGAUGGACAUUCAGCCCUGGAAGCAGAGCUAUGCAGGGAAGAACCGACUGAACCCCGUGGAGAUGACUAUGGCGUUAGACCUGGAAAACCGGCAGCCUGGGAAUAACGAGGCUCAGGAUCAGCGAGACAUCUGAUGCUAGACUGGACAA